UUUGACUUUGUGGGCUGUUUCUUUCGCCGAUGACACGAGCAAAAUUACCACCACCACUAAACCCCCCGCUCUCAAGAGCACUUCCAGCAUCAGUAUCGUUACAGAAGAGUCUCAGAGAAACGCCGCCACCACCACCAACUCAAACGCGGGCUUCGAUCUGGACGGCGCGAUGAUAAACAGAGCUCUGUAUGUUCUGAUCGGGAUCACGUCCAUCGGAGUUCUGUAUUUCUUAGUGAGAGCUGUCCGUCUGAAGAAAACCGGUGUUAAGAGAAAGAAAUACGGGCUCCUGUCAAACUAUGACGACACAAUGGAAAUGGCCCACCUAGAAAGCGACGAGGACGAUACCACUGUUUAUGAAGCCAAAUCUUUUAGAAGGUAG